GUUUUAUCUUCUUGUAUUUGGGCAAGGUGUGCUCAUAUUAGGCCAAAGGUGCACACUUGUGUUCUGUUGGGAGAAACAGGUUAAAAACUGAAAUGGUGAUAUGUUUUGAGGCAGGCUGACUGCAGCUCAGCAGUUUUGGAUAGGAGGGCUUGGAGGAGAAGUUGCUGACAGUGGCUUGGGCUUCCCAAAGUUCUCAAUGCAAGCACUGUGUGCUGUCCUCACCAGGAACCUUCCCAAAACUGCCACUGGGUGAGCACCUGGGGAAGAAAUAAACGUCCUGAGGAAGGAAAGCAGCACUGGUUCCCAUCAUACAGGGAUGCUUAUCCCUGUGGAAUGCUGUUGGUGAGGAGUGAGCUGCUGUUCCCACUGUCAAGAUGGGAAAUGUGGGCAGAACCCAAGAAGCACUGUCGUUAUUUGACGAUGACAGCAGUUCUGCUGGUGCAGCUGGGAGAGAUCCCACCCAGCAGAAGGAGCUUAAAAUGUCCCUGCCACUAAAACCCACCUGUGGGCACGCACUGAGUGCAGCCAGUGCCAGUAGCAAACACUGUGAGGUUCCAAUGGGGACAAGGACAGGGAACAGUAUGUCAGCCAAGCUCUCGUGUUGGCUGAAGGAGGGCUCCACUGAGUCCCUGGGCACCCUAAAUAGGGAUGCAGGGAAACCAUGGAGUCAGCUUUGCUCCAGUUCUUGUUAAAAAUACAGACUUGGGGAACAAAGCAUUUUUUUCUUUUUUGGAAGAGACCUGAAGAAGUAGCCUGGAAGAGGCACUUAGAGGGGAGCAGGGGUGUGUGCUGCCAUCCUCAAAUAGCUGAGCUGCACCCAGUGCUUGGUAAAUGGCACAGCAGCAGGCAGAGCCGGGUGCUGGAGUAGGAGGCAAGGAUGGGAAGCAACAUUUUGAAAGACCAGAGCAGCUCUGGGCAGCACUUGUCCCCAUGCCUCCUGCAGCUCACAUGUGUGGCGUUUCCCAAAGGCUUCUGGCCGCUGGGCAGGUGCCACGUUUGCUUUUGCAUGACCUUAUAAAACAGAGGCUUGGAGGCUUUUCUGCUCCUCCCCAGGGGCUGAAAGCUGCGUGGCUCUGUCUCUCCCUCGUGCACCUUUCACUAUGGCCGGCCUGAAUGUUUCAAUUGCCUUUUUCUUCCUGGUGCUUGGCACGUGUGAGGCACUCAGGCGGCUCUCCAAGAGGCUGCUGGCCCCGGGGCUGUUGGGGUGUCUGGCUGCAGAGCUGGCUGGCUCACUACAGCUGUGCUCGGGCUGCCUGGAGCUGAGGAUGCUGCUGGAGAUCGGCCCCUGGGGCGGCCUUGGCCCCGACGUGGUCCUGACUCUGCUCUUCCUCCUCUUUGCGGUUCACACCGCCUGCGCAGAUGGAGCAGCUGCCAACCCCACCAUCUCUCUCCAGGAAUUCCUUCUCUUCGAACACGGCCCCGUGGCUACUGUGGCCAAACUACUGGCCCAGUGUGUGGGUGCCGGGUUGGGCUGGGCCCUCACCAAGCUCUACUGGUCAUGGGAGCUGACACAGCUCCACCUCAUCCAGAACCUCAUGGCUUCCGAGUGCAGCUCCUCCAUCCACACGUCCCCCCACCUCGGAGCUCUGGUGGAGGCCGCCUGCUCCUUCUUCUUCCACCUCGUCCUCCUCAGGGUGCGCCGCAGCCCUGCUGUGUGCCGAGUGCCUGUCCUGGCAGCCACCGUCACCUUCCUGACCUACGUAGCCGUGCCGGCCACGGGAGCCUUCUUCAACCCUGCCCUGGCCGCUGCCAGCACCUUCCUGUGCGCGGGGAGCAGCCUGCGGGACUACAUCCAGGUGUACUGGCUGGGGCCCCUCACAGGGAUGCUCGCCGCCCUCUUGCUCUACCAAGGCAACAUCCCAAGGUUCUUCCAAAAAAACCUGCUGUAUGGCCAGAAGAGCAAAUACAAGAUACCCAAGGCCAGGGUGACGCAUGCAGAAGAUGGAGAGCAGCGGCAGAAGGGAAAAGGGGAGAAGAGCAACCCAGCAUCUCGUGCCUGAGCCCCUCUGCUGGGAGCGGUUCUGGCAUGGAGCAUUUUGUACACCCAGGCCUACAAUGCCAGUCGUGGGGGGGAAACUAAUGUGUUUGCAGAAAUUACUGGUUGCCUGGGGUACACAGGAAGCUUGCAGAAACUCAGGACCAUUGCGUGGGCAUGCUUGGGCAACUCCCAGGUGGUUGUGUCAUGCCAUGUUUGAAAUAAUCUGUCUGUGUCUCUUACAGCCAUAAAAACAGUGUAAUAAGUCUUGGAGAGUUGGGAUGAGGAGGAAGCUCUCUGUAAUUUUUGGCAUUAUUUGAGUUCAACGGAGGUCCCCAAAUCGCACAGCUCAGAGACAAGUCUUUAAAAUACCCUAAAAUUCACAGCAGCAGGGCACAGAACACCCUGCUCCCCCGAUGUGAUUCUUAACCUGUUUUGCAUGCAGCUGGGGAGCUGCAAGGUGACAGUAAUGGGUUCAUAAAGCAUCUUUGGUUAAAAUAUGUGGCUCUGGUAUGCAGUGCAGGAAGGUGUUUGCAUGCAGACCCUUGCCAGUCCCAGCCCUGGCCUGCUCUCUGUGGCUAUGUGAAAUGCCUCUGCUAACACAGCGCUCUGUGAAAUAAAUGUUACAAUUGGCACGAAGGCAAGUGGUGUCAUUCCUCCAGAAAUUGAAGAAAUUCCCCGCUUAGGGAAGAGGGAGGGAGAUUUUUUCUUUCCCAGCACAGACUCUCUGGAUGUGGAAUUCCUGGUGACCUUCAUGGGAGCCCAAGCAUGGGCUGAAGGAGACCUGCUCCUUCCUUCAGUAGCAGGCAGGAUCUAGCUCUGAUUAGCUGAGAGGCAAUCAGAGUAAUGAAGUGACACCCAGCUGCAGUGAUGGUGACAGAUGUGGGUUUGGUACCCAGGUGUGUGGUGUGCCCUCCCCUACUCUCCUGCUGGUUACAGAGACCCUCAAGGUUCCUUGUCCAAUUGGUUGUAGGGAGCUCAGAUCCUCCACCAGUUUUUUUUCUGAACUUUUGGUUUGGAAAUCGUGCAGAAAAUGGGGCAUGUUCAGGAUCUCUCCAUUUUGAUCAAGAUGAAAAAUCCUGAUUUGUACUGAGGUUAUUUCAGAUCUAAGCU